AGAAGAACAAGUUGCUUGUCACGUGUGCUCAUGCAGUUUAGAAAGUUUGACAGCAGUUUUACAACGUCAGCUAACCUAGCUGUGUUUAGCUGUUUUCGAUCAGUCGUAUGUAAUCUAGGUUCACCCCGCUACAAUAUUUGUACGUUUGGGAGAAUAUAGGAUUUCUUCCGGUAUAGCGAACUGCUGAAAAUCGAACAUGGAAGUUGUUCAGAAACUUCUGUCGGGAUUCAAUCUUGACCUGGGACCUUUGAAAGAACCUCUGGGAUUUAUUCGGAUUCUGGAAUGGGUGUUCACCAUCUUUGCCUUUGCCACCACGGGUGGUUACUCUGGGACGACCCACAUCAGUGUGAAAUGUGGGGAUGCGGUGCUAAAGGACAUAGACGUUGGGUUCGGAUACCCAUUCAGGUUGCCUAGCUACGGCCCUUUAAAGGUGCCCACGUGUAACGGGAACGCCACGAAUGAGAUUUACCUACAGGGCGACUACUCUUCCUCGGCUGAGUUCUACGUCUGUGUCGGUGUCUUUGGCUUCCUGUACUGCACCGCCACCCUGGUUUUAUACUUGGGAUACCAGCAUGUGUACCGCGAGGGCCGCGGACCUACCUUUGACCUGUUGGUGACUGCUGCUUUUGCCUUCCUGUGGCUGGUGUCCUCCUCUGCCUGGGGGAAGGGCCUGACUGACGUGAAGUGGGCCACCAACCCAUACCACCUGGUUGAGACCUGUCAGCCCCUGUGCUCACCUGGAUACUUCCCCUCCAUGGGAAAACUCAAUGCCUCUGUGAUUUUCGGAUUUCUAAACCUCAUCCUAUGGACCGGUAACUGUUGGUUCAUCUUUAAGGAGACUCCCUUCCACAAGGACCCCAACCCACCAGCCACCAUGGAGGAGGGCGGAGUCCCCAGCUCUUAAUUGCAUAGAGCCCAAGCCAAUCGCCAAGGUGCUUUGGACCCACACUGUUUCUUAUUUAACCCUAACUAAAACCUCAAGCAAAAUGUUCCUUUUUAAUGACCCUUACAACAGAGGCCACUUUUCAAUGAUGGGCAUUAAGCUCAAGCUUCAGGGAAAGUAUUCAUGCUGUGUUUACACAGGCAGCCCAAUUCACACACACACUUUUUUUUCUCACUAAUUGGUAUUUUGACCAAUCAGAUCAGCUCUGAAAAGGAUCAGAUGUGAUUGGCCUUUUGGCCAAAUAAAAAUAAAAUAAUUUGUGUGCCUGUGUAAACACAGCCUAAGUUCCCCAACUCUAACCCUCCAACACAGCUACCCUUGGAUGUUGUUUUAAUACUCUGCAUAGAGUUGGUCAGUUAAUGCGAAUGAUUUGCUAGCUGCAGUCAACACUACCCCAAUUUACAGGUGUAAACCCUGAAAACUGAGUGACCGCAACGGUUUAAAUUGUUUUUUUCCUGUUUAUUUUUAAACAUUCUAAAAGGUGCCUUGAGUUAACUGUACAUAACAUCUAUUCAGUUACAGUGAACGUAGCUUGAGUUGAACACUUUGAAAGGAUUUGGGUAUCUGUGAUUUUCAAAAUGUCUGAUUUUGGUCGCUUCCUCUAGAGCAGGUACUUUCAAACGCAUAGACCAGGUACAAAAUGUCCCAACAGGGCUCACAGACACACUACUGUAGCUGAACUGUGAUUAAUAUGGGGAUGUUCAGUAAUGCUGCAUUGACAUCACAGGUGGCACCUUAAUUAGGGAGGACGGGCUCUUAGUAAUGGCUGGAACUGUAUCGAAAACAACAAACGCAUGGUUUCCAGGUGUUUGAUUCCAUUCACUCCUUUCCCGGCCAUUUGUUAUGAGCCGUCCUCCCUUCAGCAGCCUCCUGUGGUUCAAAUACACUAAUUGUCUGACCGUCAGUCCCCUCGUUUACCAUGAAUCUAAUAAAGGAGAUGAGGUCGACGGUAAUGUUGAAAUCCAGUAAUCAGUCAUUCCAAUAUUCCACUACUACAUUUUUUGAAACAUGGAUGUUGCAUUUCUGUCAUGUUCUGAAAGCCUACUGCUUUGGUGCACUAAACUCGUCAGUUGUUAGCUACUUGACCCCACAAUCGCUCCUGAUGUUCAAUGCGUUCCUCUUUGAAAUGGAUGGUUUUUUUUUUUGUUUUAGUUUUGUUAUUCUAAAUUAUUUUGUCACAUGCUUCAUAACCACCCGGUGUGGGCUAACCUUGAAAUGCUUACUUGUGGAUGAACAUAUGAACAGUGCCUUGGUUAUUUAUACUAACUAUAGCAGUAACCAACUAAUAUGGACUACAUUCAAUUUGAGGACACAUUUCUAGUAACUGCUGUCAAUAUUUUAGUUAUUCAAACUGUCAGUGCCUAUAUUUCACCGCAGUGCUGGUUGGUGUAUUGUUUACUCAAUGAAGCCAAACUUUUUAAAGUAUUAUGUAAAGUUGUGACAUUGAAACAAUUAAAACACUAAGUUCCCUCAGUAUUUGACUCUUUUCAAAAUGUUUGAACUAGAGCUGGGACGAUAAACCAGAAAAUGAUCGACACUGACCACUUAUUGCAGGCAUUUUGCAGAUAACAUUCAGUACGAUAAGUAGACUAUACUACAGAAAUGUAAAGUUUGAAAUGAAAUAAGUUUGCUAACAUGGGUGGAUUGUUAUAGCUAUUAAUUGACCCAUAAAAAAAGCUUAGUAGUAGUUUAAAGGGUGAUUUUUAAACUUGUUAUAAAAUUAUAGUUCUAUUUAUUAUUUCAUCCAUAUCGCGAUAAACUGCCUGAAUUGAUUUCUGUCUGACGCCCAGCUCUAGUUUGAGCAGGAAAAGACAACUUUUGAUUGAUGUCAUUUAAAAAAAAAAAAUACAUUAAUUGGUCAAUUCACAAUAAGCCCUUUAAUGGCUUCUGUGUGUUUAGAAAAUAUCUAUAACUUAUCUCCCUGAGUAAGUUUUAUGCCUUUGGUUGUCAUUUUGUUUUUUCUGUUUUGUCACACCACUGGGCAAGCUACAGACUAUCAUUGAAGAAUGGUAAAUGGUGCUGCCAUGUAACACAAAUGGCAACAUGUAGGUGCCAAAAUGAAUGAAUCCUUUGGUAUUUCUUGUUGCUUGUUUUUUUUUUCUCACUCAUUUACAUUUUAAUUUAGCCAAUGAUUGCAGUUGAUGGGUGUGUGGAGAUGGCCUACGUCUGUCACACUCCCAUGGGAAAUUAAUGGAACUUAUUGAUUUACUAUUUAUUUUAAAAAAAAAUUGCUUUGCACUAAUUAUUUUGUAAGUAAUGUCAUUUUGACAUCCUGUUCCUUACGAGUGUUGGGAUUUGAGGGAUAUGCAGACAUUGCCAUCCACACAGCUGGUUGUACAGCCUUGGCCGCUGUAGUGAUUUACAAAGCGAAGGCUUGAGUCAGUCAUGAAAGGACACUGAUCUCUUAGAUUAUUUGUGCCAUUUUUUAUUUGAAUAUAAAUAAUCUAGCUAUUUAGGAUAUAAAUCAGGCUUGUAGGCCUUUAUUUGAUUGGAUUUCUAAAAUGUGACUUGUUUGUACAAAAGAAACAUGUCAAUAGUGAGGAUGUAUAGACAAUGCAUUAAAGGACGAGAGCUGCAACAACUGCUGUACAGAUGUUUGUUCACUCUGCUCGGACUGUAAUGUUACCAGUUAAUUAAGACUACAGUUAAUGUUGUAGCCACAAGAUGGUACUAUUGUAUUUCAUAUAACUAUGGCUGCAAAGUAAUUGUAACAAUGUUUUUUGGGGGCACAAGGGUACUGUUUCCUUCAUAUGACUAGAAGGCACAAUUUCAUGCUCAGUCCCAACCAUAAACCCUUUUGUAUCUACAUCUAAACUAAACAAAAAGUUGUGCAAGUGUAUGAGGUAGGUUGACCAGCAAAAUAAAGUUCUGAACCGGUUGGAACCAGAAA